AUGGAAAAACUAUUACAACAAGUUGAUAAAAACUCUAUAUCCAAGAUUCUAUCACAGCAAGUGUAUCAAGUUACUUGUCUUGAGUGUUGUAAAUAUUAUAUUGUGCCAACUACAGCAACAUGCAACCAUACUUUGUGCCACAAUUGCUGGUAUGGAAGGCAUACAUGUCCAACAUGUGGAAUGAAAAUAGAUCGCAAAAAGUUAAGAAAUAACUUACCAUUACAAAGCUUAACUGAUCAUAUACAUAAUCUAGUAGAUGCAUUUAAGGAUCUAUUUAACAUUGAUCUUGACGAGGGUCCCGCAAUGAAUUUGGAAAUUUGUGAAACCAUUAAGACAGACCCAAAUGUAAAUGUAAAUAAAUGGCUAGGCAACUCCCAAAAUUGUUUCUCUGCUUCAAUUAGCACACAAAUGUCACCCUCAAUCGAUGUGCCUGUAAAAGCUACCGAAAUUCAAGUGCCCUCAGAAACCAUUAAACCUCUUAAAAAUAGCUUAUUGGAUCAGCAAGAUUGGGAUAAAAUAGAAGAACUACCUGAUUCCGAAGAUAUUUUCAAUAAGGAUAAAGAAAAUAUAAUUGGGCCUAUGGAUAUUGAACCGUAUAGCAAUAUUUUAAUUAUUGAUGAGGACAAAGAGUAUUCAACUGAAAAUCCCCGUAGAAGUUCUAGGAAGAAAGAACCUGAAUCAAAUAUGAAAUUAAGACAACAAAAAUCAUUAACAAAAGAUAAUGAAGCCAAUAAAAAUUGGGCAAACGUAAAAAAAAUGAAAAAAGAAUUUGGUAAUGUAAAAAAAAAAGAAAUGAACAAAUUAAAUGUCUCUAUUGAAAUGUGUCAAGAGGUCAAGGACAAUAAAAAUAAAACCAAUACAACUAUACAUGAUGAUAGUAGAAAAUGGGCAAUAACUAAUGAAAAUUACUUGUCACCUCAAUAUGGCAAUAAACAAUUGCAAGCCACUGAAGCAGAAUUACAAAAAGAGGUAAUAGAAAAUUUGCAUAUUUCUGGAAAUAAAAAUGUGGCUGAAGAAAAUUUUAUAAAAGAUAACAUCCCUAAUAAAGACACAAAAAUAAAUACUGUUUUGUCCCAAAACAAUUCAAAUACUAACAUUGAAUUGGUUACUAAGCCUUUACUUUCUGAAGGUAAUGAAGAAAGAAUUAAGAAAGCUAAUUCAGUUACCUUUUAUAAGAAAAGUGCUUGUAACAGUCAAGUGUACUCAAAACCUGAAAAGUAUGAACAAAAACCAAUAAUAGACAGAAGUGAUAAUAAUGAUAUUGAAAUUAUUGUAAAGAUCGGAAAUACUGCUGCAAACAUUUGUAUUAAGCAAAAAGAUAAGUAUGGUAAAAAUAAGAUAAGUGUUUCUACGUCUCCCAUUAUUGUAACUCAAGAAAAAGAAAAUGUUGAAUGUUUAGAUAAGUCUAUACAAGUCAACUUUGAAGAAUUUAACACACAAAAAACUAUUUCAGACAAGAAAAACACAUCCUCAGCUGACACGUCUACUGUAAAGACUGGAACAAAACAGAGUUUUCCACAAAAAAUAGUAGAUAUAAGGGAAAUUGAAGACAAUCAAAAUGUAUAUAAAACAGACACAGGGAUGAUAAAUGUUAAUGCUGAGGAGGAAUUAAAUGAUUUAGAUAUAUUUGACAGUGAAUCUGUAAAGGAAGGACAAAUGCAGUAUUUAAAAAAGACAGAAACAACUACAUCUGCUAUUUUUAUGCCUACAAAUGUUAGUAAACUGAAAACCCAACUUAAUACUUUAAAACGAGUCAAACCAAAUGGAGAUGAUGAUUCACAGAGCAGUAAAAGAUGUAAAUUGGCUGUUGUAGAAUCAAAACAAAGGGACAUACAAAGAACACAUCAAGACAGUAAAUUAUGUAAUUAUAAUGACAUAAUGGAUCAAGUGUUUGCGAAUAUUGAUGCUGACAUCCAAGGAGGAGAUAAAAACAUCCCAAAAAAUAUAAGUAUUGUAUCCAACACAAACGAAAAUAUUCAAACAAGUUAUGGCCCACAAAAAUAUAGUGAAAAUCUCUUUUCCUUGGCUGAGAAUGAUUUGGAAGGGGUGGCUAGACAUGGAAAGCCUAACACAAUUAUCGAAUCAACGCAGCGGAAGCCAAUAGGAAUGUUAUCCCAGAACCCAAAAGUGCAACCAGAAAUCUGUAAUACCGAUUUAAAUGUUGAAGAUCUUAGUACACCUCAACACGAUGAUGACAUGGAUGUUGUUGAGGAAACUCCUCAAAAAGAAGUAUCCCGUACAAGGAGCAAACGCAGCGACACGGUCAUGGCGCAGAAAGUCAUAAAUAAUUCAACUCACGCGUCGAAUGCGAACAAUGAGCCAGAAGACGCUACGAAGGAAACUUCCAUCAAUAGGACUGUCAUACAUUUGGAAACACCAAACUCCAUGAGAAAGUUUAUCAGUCAAGCACAAUAUAAAUCUACACCUCUGGCAAAGAAAUCGUUAAAUUUCACAAACGACCGCGACCACACAUCGUACAGUCCGUUUGUAGUGGCAAGAAACACGCAAGAAAAGGAAAUAAUGUGCAAAGCUUUUGAACAGGUGAACAGUCCAAUAGAGAAGAAGCGGUUCAGAAAAUACUGCCUGGCUGUGUCCUGUCUUAAUCAGCAUGAAAAGAAUAUUGUUAAGAAUCUCUGCUCUUUAAGGAACUGGACUUUUGAAGAGCAAUAUACGAAAGAUUUGACUCAUCUUAUCGUUAAUGUUAAUGAAGAUAACCUAGCGCAACGAUCGGUAAAAUAUAUGCAAGCCGUGGCUAAUUCUAAAUGGAUAGUCUCCUAUGAAUGGGUGGAACGAUGCUUAAGCGAUAAGGAAAUACUAGAUGAGGAGGCAUUUGAAGUGCUGGAUACAACAGGGGAGCCCGGGCCGAGACGGUCACGGCUCGCAAAGCAGAAACUCUUCACCGGCAUCAAAUUCUUUUGUAUGCCGCCCUUUAGUGUGAUUGAUAUUGAUGUAUUUAAGGAAUUACUGAUAGCUGCGGGCGGAGAAGUAGUCGAAGAGUCUCAUCAAAUUAAAGCCACAGAAACGCCAUCACUUCUUUUGGCUGAAAUGGAAAACACACAAGAGGAUCGGUUUAUAUAUCUCUCCAUGCAUUUAGGAGUGGUGCCUGUGAACUUUGAAUGGGCGCUCAACUCUUUGGGCAGCUAUACAUUGUGUUCCAUAAUGGGCCAACUUUUGUGUCCGUCCACACUUCUUCCAUCCGUUAUAGCGCAGUGGCCUCUAGCGCUUAUCACUCAAGAUGACGACUCGAAUUUACAAUAG